GUCUUGAGCCGCUCCGCCUGCUCCCUGACGGUAAAAUAACCACCGGAGAAAAAACACAAAACAACCGUAAAUCCUCCGCACACCGAGCGGGCACCGGCAGUGAUGAUGGGCGGGAGGACGAGCGCGAUAGCUGCGGGAGUGUGCGGGGCGCUGUUCGUGGGUUACUGCAUUUAUUUCGACAGGAAACGACGGAGUGACCCGAACUUCAAGAACAGACUGCGAGAACGACGGAGUAAACAAAAGGCAGCGAAGGAGAGAGCAGGACUGGCCAAGCUUCCAGACCUGAAGGACGCUGAGGCGGUGCAGAAGUUCUUCCUGGAGGAGAUCCAGCUGGGGGAGGAGCUUCUGGCUCAAGGAGACUAUGAGAAAGGUGUGGAUCACCUGACCAAUGCCAUCGCCGUGUGUGGUCAACCUCAGCAGCUGCUGCAGGUGCUCCAGCAGACGCUGCCUCCUCCUGUCUUCCAGAUGCUGCUCACCAAACUGCCCAGCAUCAGCCAACGUAUCGUUAGCGCACAGAGUCUUAGCGAGGACGAUAUAGAAUAAGACGAAUGCUGAGAGGAGACGUCCUCAUCUUCGUCUUCUGGACCGCCGUGGACCUGCCAACACCUCGGCCUCUGUCUCUGGCCGAUGCCCAUCACUUCCUGUGAAACGUCCUGAGGGGAAGUCAUGUUUUUAUCUCAGUCGUGUUUUAGAUUUUUUUUUGUUUGUUUUUAAACGUACCCGUUUUUUUUGGGUAUUAACGUUUCGUCACAGAGUUUGGAAGAAUCCGAACUUUAUCUACUGACAAAC